AGUUGUUAAAGUUUUCAAAGCAGUAGUAGCAGCAGCAGCGGCCACACUUGGGGAAAAAGGAAGCCUGUUGGAGGGAGCAGCCUGCCCCUGCUGAGCGGAGGAGGGGUUGAGAGCCCAGUGGAGGUUCCAGGCACAAGGCAGGGAUUCUGACGCUCUCGAGAGAGACGGGCUCUGCCCCCUUGCCUGAGCCGACCCUACAAUGUGGACCCUGCUCCUCCAGCUCAGGCCUGGAGACCUGAAAUAAAAUGGAUGAUUUGACGCUGCUGGAUCUUCUGGAGUGCCCCGUGUGCUUUGAGAAGCUCGACGUCACAGCCAAAGUUCUCCCCUGCCAGCACACCUUCUGCAAACCAUGUCUGCAGAGGGUUUUCAAGACCCACAAGGAGCUGAGGUGCCCGGAAUGCAGGACCCUGGUGUUCUGCGGCAUCGAGGCGCUGCCGGCCAACCUGCUGCUCGUGCGACUUCUGGAUGGCGUGGGCUCGGGGCCAAGCUCCGGGAGAGGGGGCUCCUUCCGCAGGCCCGGCGGGCUGACCUUGCCGGACGGCAGGAAAAGCAGGACCAACCCCAGAGGUCUGCAGGCCAGCCCUUUCCGCCUGGUGCCCAACAUCAGAAUCCACAUGGAUGGGGUGCCUCGAGCCAAGGCCUUAUGCAACUACCGAGGGCAGAAGCCUGGCGACCUGAGGUUUAAUAAGGGAGAUGUGAUCCUCCUCCGGAGACAGCUGGAUGAGAACUGGUACCAGGGGGAGAUCAACGGCGUCAGUGGGAUCUUCCCAGCCAGCUCCGUGGAAGUCAUCAAGCAGCUGCCCCCGCCACCCCCGCUCUGCAGGGCCCUGUACAACUUCGACCUACGAGACAAGGGCAAGAGUGAGAACCACGAUUGCCUCACCUUCCUCAAGGACGACAUCAUCACUGUGCUCAGCCGAGUGGAUGAGAACUGGGCAGAAGGCAAGUUAGGAGAUAAAGUAGGCAUCUUCCCCAUCCUGUUUGUAGAGCCAAACCUCACUGCAAGACACCUCCUAGAGAGGAACAAAGGCCGUCAGUCACCCCGCGCAAAACAUCUGUCCCUGGUGUCCUCAUCCUCCAGAAGUAACACACCCACCCUCCGCAGGGGCCCAGGGUCCAGGAGGAAGGGGCCCGGGCAGUUCUCCAUCACAACAGCCUUGAACACUCUCAACCGGAUGGUCCAUUCUCCCUCAGGGCGCCAUAUGGUGGAGAUCAGCACCCCGGUGCUCAUCAGCUCCAGCAACCCCUCUGUGAUCAGCCAGCAUGUGGAGAAAGCAGACAUCCCUGCCAGCUCUUCAGGACAGGUCAGCACUUACCACCCGGUACCUGCCUCUCCAGGACAUUCCACGGCCAUGGUCAGCAUGCCCGGCUCCCAGCAACACCUGUCAGCCAACAUGUUUGUAGCCCUGCACUCCUACUCAGCCCAUGGACCUGACGAGCUGGACCUGCACAAGGGAGAAGGCAUCAGGGUCCUGGGGAAGUGGCAGGACGGGUGGCUCAGGGGCAUCUCCCUGGUCACCGGGCGAGCCGGCAUCUUCCCGGGCAACUACGUCAUCCCCAUUUUCAGAAAGACCUCUAGUUUUCCAGAUUCCCGGAGCCCUGGUCUCUACGCCACAUGGACAUUAUCCACCUCCUCUGUGUCCUCCCAAGGCAGCAUUUCAGAAGGUGACCCCCGGCAAAGCCGUCCCUUCAAAUCCGUCUUCGUGCCCACCGCCAUUGUCAACCCCGUAAGGAGCACAGCCGGAACCGGGACCAUAGGACAAGGGUCUCUUCGGAAAGGGCGGAGCAGCAUGAGAAAGAAUGGAUCCCUGCAGAGACCCGUGCAGUCGGGCGUGCGCGCCCUCGUGCUGGGCUCCCUCCGACGCAGCCCCACCGUGGUCGUGCGGCCCCAGCAGCUCCCGUUCUACCAGCCGCACGGGGGCCCCGCCUCGCCGGCGGUGGAGACGGGCCCCAAGCCCGCGCCCACGGGGGAGCCGGCCCUCACGGGCGUCAGCAGGGCCGGCGACGCCCGCACGCACUCGGCCGCCAGCUCCCUCAUCGUGGAAGGCAAGGACAUCCCCGCCAAGAGCGAGCCUCCGCCGAAGCCGCCGGCGUCCGCGCCGCCGUCCAUCCUGGUGAAACCAGAAAACUCAAGAAAUGGCACCGAAAAGCAAGUCAAAACCGUGAGAUUUCAGAAUUACAGCCCUCCUCCUACCAAACACUACACCUCCCAUCCCACCUCCGGGAAGCCUGAACAGCCAGUGACCCUCAAGGGGCCCCAGCAUGAAGCAUCCUCCCUGGGCUCAGAGAUGACCAUCCUAUUCGCCCAUCGAAGCGGCUGCCACUCCGGACAGCAGACAGACCCCCGGAGAAAGUCAGCUCUUGGCAAGGCCACCGUCCUGGUUCCCGCUGCCGCAGCCACGCAGACCGUGUUUCCCAGCAAAUGAAUCUACAGGUGGCUUUUCCUAGACCCCAAAGAGAGCCUGCCUUGGCAAACUUCUCCGGAGGAGCUGGGAGCCACUGGGAUGCUGAAGAGAACAAAUGAUCUGCUCUGAUGGAAACUGCUCACUGGCGAGUCUGUGGACCAUGUGAUGUUCCUUGAACAUCAGGGGAGGCACAGGAGUAAGAAUAGUCUGGCUCCCAAGACAGCAGGGUAAUAGGAGAAAGAGCAAAUCUGCCUGCAGCCCCGAGAGCAAUGAGGGCUGGGCCAGGGUGGAGAAGCAAGUGAGUCGUGCACUGUCACAGGUUACUCCUGACUCCCCUCGCUCCUGCUGUCAAAGCCUCGCUUCAUCUUGCGGAUUUCUUCACAGCGUGGCACCUCACACACGAAAAGACCGGACAUCAAAUGCCUUCCAGCCCUGUCUGGCCUGUCUCUCCAGCUUAGCUUUAAAAGCAAAGCGGGGGAUGACAUCACCGUCUCCUCUCGGGUGUUCAAUCCGGACAGCGCACGGCUUCUGCACAAUGUCCUCUGCCCUUCACCCCACCCCGACUCCCUGCCGAGCAGCCUGCAUGCCUCUGCCACACCCUCCUCCUUUUCCAUUCUGUCUUUCCCCCAUCCCUGCUGGCCCAGAGGAGUUCUGUUAGAACACAGCCAUCAAGGAAACAGGGACUUGACACGUAAAGAAUCUCAGACAAGGAACAUCCAUGAUGCUAUACGAGAGA